UCUGCGUUAGCCCUAGAUCCUUCCUCUUCUUCUCUCCCUUCGUCCGUCGAACACGAAAACUAACAAGCGGAGAUGGCGCUGUUAAUGGAUCCGGGUGCGGACCCAGUAACCGAUAACGAGCGCGCAGACUUAGAAGCCAUCGCCGCCAUCAAAGAGUCCGCCGCCGUCGAGCUCAAGGAGCAAGGGAAUCAAUUUGUGAAGAAGGGGAAGAAGCACUACAAGGAUGCGAUCGAUUGCUACACGAGGGCUAUCAAUCAGAAGGCUCUGAAUGAUUCGGAGACCUCGGUUCUGUUUUCGAAUCGAGCCCAUGUGAAUUUGAUGUUGGAGAAUUAUAGAUGGGCUUUGAAUGAUGCUGAGGAGGCGAUUAGGCUGAGUCCUUCGAAUGUCAAGGCUUACUACAGAGCAGCAAAGGCUGCAUUUGCUUUAGAAUUGUUACCUGAAGCAGACUCCUACUGCCAAAGGGGUCUUGAAAAUUUUCCCUCCAACGAAGAGCUGAAGAAACUAUUGAUACAAAUUGAUGAGCGGAAGAAAAAAGAUGAAAGUCACAAGGCUCAAGUUUCAAAAGCUAUAGCCGAAGCUAAGGAACUUGCCUCUGCCAUUGAGAAUAGAGGGAUAAAACUUGGGAAGGCAAUGUAUCAGGAACUUACUGGAGUGAGAAAACCAUUGUUAGAUAAAAGUGGCAUUCUUCACUGGCCGGUUCUUCUUCUUUAUGCCGAAAUUAUGUCGAGUGAUUUCAUUGAGGACUUUUGCGAGACUGAUAUGUUCUCUUCUCAUUUGGACAUGAUGUAUUCAGAUAGUUCCCCUCCAUUACCAUGGGAUGCAGAGCACAAUUAUACUCGUGAAUCCAUUGAGUUAUAUUAUCAGGCCCAUAGCGGAUUUCUUCUGUCGAAGAAGAAAAUUCUUCAACAUCUCCUUGAAGGGACUGUAGCUUCUCUUGCAGAAGACCUUUGUGAUGAAGAGGAGGCAGGACGGCAAACAUUGAGCAAAGGUUCAGGUAAAUGGAUCAAGGUGAACGAGAAGAAAACCCUGCAAGCUAUCCUGCGGCAACCUGAUUAUAUCAUUCCUGGGAUCCCAGUGUUCUUUGUUGUCUCCAGCAAAUCUAGAUUCUACAAGGAGUUUAAAGCCGGCAAGUGGACCCCACCUUGAGGAUGUAAAUUUUGAUAGCGGGUCGAUAUUCUGUGUAUUAUUUAGGUCUUGUUUGUUAUGGUCAGGCUCCAGAUUGUAGGAAGAGGUCAUCUAGUGCAGGACAUGGUUUGCUUGUGCCAAUGAACGCAAUUUGUGGAGUAGGAUUGUGAGGAUCCAAUUUAUACGACUCUUUGCUGUAUCAAUGGGAGCUGAUUGUUUAAGAACAUCUAAACUUUUCAUCAGAUUAUACGCAAUUCCAAAAUUUUAGCUUAA